AUGCCUAGCGCUGGGAGCCUGCUCAUCAUGGACACUGCCAGGUACAACAGAUGGGACAGCAGGCUGGAGGAGGCCCCUGGAGGGUACUGUGGACGCUGGGGAUGGAGACUCCUCUGGCUAGCUGUGACUUUCAUGAUUGCCACCAUCCUGUGGGGCCUCAUUCUGACCAUCGGACUUUCCAAGGCCUCCACAGAGCUCGGGGCGCUGCUCAGCCACCAGGACCUGCUGAGGACAAAUGCCUCGGAGCACGUGGCGGUGCUGGCUGCCUUGAAGGAGGAGGUCUUGGCCUACAAGAGCUACUGCCAGGGGACGCAGGCGCAGCUGCAGACCGCUCGCACCCAGCUUGGGGAGGCGCAGGCAAAGCUGUCCCAGCAGGAGAGCGCCCUGAAAGAACUGAGCGAGCGCGUGACCCGGGGCUUGGCUGAAGCGGGUAGGGACCGCGAGGGCAUCCGCGCUGAGCUGUUGCGGGCGCUGGAGGCGGCCCGGCUAGGGAACGGCUCCUGCGAGCAGUGCCCCGCGUCGUGGCUGCCCUUCCAGGGCUCCUGCUACCUUUUCUCCGAGCUAAAGGCCCCAUGGGAUGAGGCCCAGCGCCAGUGCGAGGGCGCCGGCGCUCACCUGGUGAUUGUCCGAGGCAUUGAAGAGCAGGGCUUCCUGAGUCGGAACACGCGAGGCCGCGGUUACUGGCUGGGCCUGAGGACCGUGCGCCGCGGGAGCAAGAUCCAGGGCUACCAGUGGGUGGACGGAGUCUCGCUCAGCUUCAGCCACUGGAACCGGGGGGAGCCCAAUGACGCUCGGGGGCGCGAGGACUGCGUCAUGAUGCUGCGCACGGGGAUGUGGAACGACGCACCGUGUGACAACGAGAGGGACAACUGGAUCUGUGAGAAGAGGCAGAGCUGCUGACCCCGCCCAGUGGCCCCGAGCCACGCCCACCGCCGCACCUCCGCUUUUUUGAGCUGCUCGCGGCUACGGAUCCGCCCACCGCCGUGGAUUUUUUGUUUUCCCACCAACCGCAACUGACAACCACCCUGCGCAACCCAGCCCGGUGCAGUGCCUGCGCUCUGGAACCUCUGCUCCAACUCACCUGCGACCCCUCGCACAGGGACCUCACCUAGCCUAGGCUUCCCCGGCUCCAAAAUCCCAGCUCCUUGGCCCAUGAUCUCACCCCACCUCUCUCCCUAGCCAAGGCCGGCUGACUGAGAUGGAGCGGUCUGGUUUGCUUGCAUUUU